AUGUUUCUCCUUUGUAACGGUCUCCUUGUUUUUGUUGGUUUAACCAAAUCUUUCUCAACUUCUUCAAUAGAUGAUGACAAACCUUCCAAUAACUCACAAUAUUCAUCAUCAGUACGAUAUAUUGAAGUUGAAGAGGAAGAAGGUUCUCAAUCUCAUAUACUUGAUGUUGAGGUCAAUGAGCCAAUGAUGGAAAGAGAAGCUGAGAAGAGAACUAGUGAACCAGAUGAACAAAGUGCUGAAGAAGAGGAAGAAAAAGUAGAAGAAGAAAACAUUGAAAAGAUAAUUUUGAUAGAUGAAGAAAAAGUUGAACUAUUUGAUGGAGAUGACGUGGAGGAAUAUGAAGGGUCAGAAAUUGAUUACGUUCUAAUUGAAGAAAACAAUAUAGAAGAAGAAGAUUAUGUAGAAGAAGAAGAAGAAGAAAGUUGUAUGUUAAGUACAGAAGAGUUAAACAAAAAGUUCGACGAUUUCAUUAGAAAAAUGAAGCAAGAUAUAAGAAUUGAUGCUAGACGGCAUUUAGUAAUGGUCUGA